GAGCUGGGAUCAUUUAUCGUGGAAUUUAAUUUACUUCUAUAUGUAUAUAAUGAAGUGUAUUUUACAAGUGAAAUAAUAAUUUAAUAUAAAGGAAUCUUCAAAUUAUGAAAAAAUUGAAAAGCAAAAUGAAUGUCAAAAAUAAUAAUGCAAAACUUAAGUUGUUAUCAAAACACGAAGAAGAUUCAUGGAACAGCGUUUUUAUCAAAUCUGAGGCUCCAGCAUAUAAUUCAGUUGACGAAAAGGAAAAGUUGAAAGGACAACAGAACGUGUUAAACAAUAUGCCUACCAAAGACCACAAGAAUUUUCCAAAACAAAAAGUAGAUGCUUUGAAAUUACCUAUAAAAAAAAUACAAAAUCUUCAUUGGUGCAGCCUUUGUGAAAAAGAAUUCAAAACAGACCAAAAAUUGAGGGACCACAUACAUAUUUGCAGUCCGAGUCUCGAAAGUGGUCAUACAACUCCUACCGACCGAAAACAUUACAAAUCCAACAAGCCUUUUAAAAUACAAUACAAACUUCAGAAGCACGUAAACUCGGUUCACUUAAAAAAUAAAUCCUUUGAAUGCGAUAUUUGCAAAAAAACGUUUACGAAUCACUCUAAUAUGAAAAUUCACAUAAUUGCCCAUAUGCAAGGCAGAAAACCUUACAAGUGUCCAGUUUGUGCAAAAGUUUUUGUCAGGUCAUAUAGUUUAAAGGAACACUUGAAAACUCACACAGACAUUCAACCUUUCGUGUGUGAAAUUUGUAGAGAUGGUUUUGUAAGAGAGAAUGAUUUAAAGACACAUUUGCAUAUUCACGAAAACAAAAAACGUUCUAUAGAGGUCACUAAGAAAUCAAUCCUUUCAAAAAGAAAACGUGUUGUUUGUGAUGUUUGUUCGAGUACUUUCAUAUCACAAUCUCAUCUAGACAAGCAUAAAAGUAUUCAUUCCGCCAAAAAACUCUACCAAUGUAAAACCUGUGGAAAUAAAUUUAGCAAUAUAACUAAACUUAAUAUUCAUAUACGUUGUCACACUGGAAAGAAGCCUUUCGAGUGCGACAUCUGUAACAAGAAAUUCACAAAUCGUCGUAAUAUGAAAUUACAUAUAGUUGCUCAUAUGACUGGUCCACGUCACAAAUGUCCGGUUUGUGCUCAAGGUUUUGUGAGAUCCGACGGUUUAGUUGUACAUAUGCGAAAACACACGAAAAGUAAACCCUUUGAAUGUGAAUUUUGCAAGAAAGGGUUUUUAAGAAAUACAGAUUUAAUUGCACAUCGGUUCAUCCAUACGAACACAAAACCUUUUGUUUGUGACGUUUGUUCUAAAGGUUAUCUACGGCUGUCCAAUCUGACUGUUCACAAAAGGACACACUUGGAUGAAAUGCCUCACAAAUGUAAAACCUGCAAAAAAAGGUUUAUCAGAAUACAUGAUCUUAAUCUUCACAUGCGCGUCCACACUGGAGAAAAGCCUUUCAAGUGUGAUAUUUGUAAGAAAAAAUUUGCAAAUCGUCGUUUUAUGAAAGUGCACGUACUUGCUCACAUGGAAGAUGACGAGCCGUACAAGUGUGGAGUUUGUGAGGAAGGUUUUGUAACUUCGGACACUUUAGAGCUCCACAUGCAAACCCAUCGAGGAUGCAAAUCCUUUGAGUUGCCCAACAAGUGUGAAACAUGUGAAGAAAGGUUUAGAACGACAAAUCAACUUCAUAUUCAUAUGCGCACUCACAUUAGAGGAAAUUUUGAGUGCGAUAUUUGUAAAAAGAAUCUGAAAUAUGCCGAAUCUUUAAAAUUGCACAAAAUGUCGCAUAUGAAACCUAGUAAACGUACAAAUAUGAAAAUAAGUCAGCAGAAAAUAGAUUUCGAAACGGUCUUUUUGAAUGCUCAUGUGGAGAAUAGUAACUCGAAGUGUCAUAAGACAAAUCUGAAUAGAAUGAAGAAGUGUGAAAAUCCUACUUUAUUACCUGUAAAAAACGAAUUUAGCGAAGGAGUAGAUUUAAGUUGUGACAUAGAAUUUGAAGAUGUAAAAAUAGAAGUGGAGGAAUGAAAUUUGGAGCAAAAGAAUUUUUAAUAUAUUGCUCGUUUUAAAUUUAUUGGACCUAUGUUUUUGCAAUUUAAAAGAUAUAGGUGUAUUUUUAUAGAAUAAUUUACAAAAAAUUUAAAAAGUAAAAACUACGAUUAAAAUAAACUAGAAGAA